AGAAUGUUUGAUACUCCAAGUACGGUGUUAUUGGGUGUCACCCUAGCUGUGAUACUAGCUUUACCGUCAGAUGAGCAAGUACGCUACCCAGGCCACAAAGUUGUCACGGUAGUGCCGGAAUACGAAGAGCAAGUGAAGGUUAUCCUUGAACAACGUGACGAAUUUAAGGUGGAUCUAUGGAACGAACCCAAGCGUCUCGGAGUUCCAGUGUUAAUUCGUCUCAUACCAGAUGUCGCUCACAAAGUUGAAUCGAGGUUGGCGAAUGCAAACCUAACCUGUCUUGUGGUGUAUGAAAACCUACAAAGCGCCAUAGAAUUUGAACACGCACAAAACAAGCGACAGUACAGACAGUACGGUAACAAGAUAUCUGGUUCUGGCUUAAAUCUGGGAAGAUACCAUAACCUGGAAGAGAUCUAUGAUUACAUUCAGAAUAUUGUGGCAGCUUAUCCUAAUAUUUCGUCAGUCAUGAACAUCGGAAAAACCUAUGAAGACAGAUCUAUCUUAGGCAUCAAGAUUUCAGGUGGUACAUCUUCAGAAAAGCCAGUGAUAUUUCUGGAAUUUGGCAUCCAUGCCCGAGAGUGGAUAUCUCCGGCUACCGGAAUUUGGAUAAUUAAUGAGCUGAUUACAACGUAUUCAACGAAUUCGAAUAUCAAAGAACUUGUUGAUGUAUAUGAAUGGCAGAUAAUUCCGUCAGCUAAUCCGGACGGAUACAGCUAUACUUGGACCAAUGACCGGAUGUGGCGUAAGACACGUUCCAGGAUUGUGUCGAAUUGGUGCAGAGGUGUUGACCCUAACCGAAAUUUUGACGUUGAUUUCUGUGGAGAAGGAACGAGCAAAGACCCAUGUAGUGAGAUAUACUGUGGAGAAUAUGCCUUCUCUGAAAAAGAAACUCAGGCCAUUCGUGACGCCUUAUUGGCCAUUAAAAGUCAGAUAAAGGCUUUCUUUAGCUUUCAUAGUUACUCACAACUGUGGAUGAUUCCAUACGGCUACACUACCGCCAAAGUUCCCAAUUACAAUAACUUGAUGCGAAUAUCGCAAGCUGCAGUCGACGCCAUCUACAGAGUUCACGGGACUUCUUAUGAGUAUGGACCCAUUACCACUGGUUUAUAUAAAGUUUCAGGCUCCUCUUUGGACUGGUCUUACGAUAAGGCAGAUGUAAAGAUUGGUUUUGCUUUGGAACUUAGAGACACUGGUCGCUAUGGGUUUCUCCUCCCCAAAGAACAGAUCAUCCCAACGGCUGAAGAGACCUGGGCUGGUAUCCAGGCUAGCAUCAGGGCUAUUUAA